AUGAGCGACCAGAAAUUCAAAGAAAGAACAGAAGACGCAGAACAAGCGGCUCAGCAGCUGUGCGACUCUUACUACGAAUGCUUGGACAAGAAGAGGCACCAGAUCCACAGGAUGUACGCAGAGUCCGCCGUGCUCAUCUACGACGGGAAGCGCUUGCAGAGCCAGGACGAAAUCAAGAAGCUGCUCAGUGAUGGAGACGAUUCCAAUCACAGAAUUGAAACACUCGACGUUCAGCCAGUCGACGAUAGCAUGACCGACGGAAAAUCAUCUUUUUUGAUCAGCGCUGCUGGAAGCGUCCGGUUCGGCAAACUGCUCCACAAAUGCUUCAACCAUCAUUUUGUCGUCGCGAAAGUGGAUGGACACCUGAAGAUCAUUUCACAAACCGUUCGACACUUUAGCGAAAUUGAAAGACGAAAAUAA